AUGUCUGGGCCGCCGUCUCGCAUUCGCUCAAUUCUCGGCCAUCUCAUUCCUCAUCAAACUCCUCCUCCUCACAUCCAUCAUCUGUCGCCGACGUUUUUCCUCGAGCGCGCGGCAUCCAUUGAGCCCAAUGCCGAGGCUAUCUAUCACAUCACCUCCAACGGCGCCAUUUUGCACCGCACCUACCAGGAAUUCGCCGAUCGCGCCAGAGGAUUGGCCUAUUAUCUGAAAAAGCACGGCUUCAAGCGCGUUGGUAUUCUAGCGCCCAAUACGCCGGCUUUUCUCGAGGCCAUCUACGGCAUUCCGGCGGCCGGGGCCGUGAUUGCGCCCGCCAACUACAGACUCAAACCAGACGACAUUGCUUACAUUUUUGAGUUUGCCGAGGUCGACAGCAUUAUUGUCGACCACGAGUAUGUCCAUCUGCUCGAUUUGUUCAAGGAGAGACACCCAAAGAUUCCUCUCAUCAUUGAUUCGGAUACCGAUGCCACAGAGGGCCAGCUCUGCGGGCCGUUUGAUGAGGCCGUGCUGGAGGGACUCAACUAUGAUCGCGCUACGGGCAAUGCAGGAUGGGCUGGUCUCCAUGCGCAUGCCACCAACGAGGAUGACAUGAUUGCCAUUCCUUUUACCUCGGGGACCACAUCCCGGCCCAAAGGUGUCGUCUUUACCAAUCGAGGAUCGUAUCUUGCCGCCAUGGGCAACAUCAUUGAGUCUGGGCUUAAUCAUGGCCGUUGCAAGUACCUGUGGACUCUGCCCAUGUUCCACGCCAUUGGAUGGACUUUCCCAUGGGCUGUCGUGGCAGUGCGCGGCGUGAAUGUCUGCUUGCGAAAGAUUGACUACCCACUGAUCUGGAAGCUCUUGAAAGAGCAAGGCAUUACUCAUUUUAAUGCAGCUCCCACAGUUAACACCCUCUUGGUAGCAGCAAAGGAGGCCGAAAGACUUCCUCAGGAAGUCCGAGUCACGGUUGCAGCUAGCCCGCCAAGCGGCCAUCUGUUUGAGCAAAUGACCAACCUGAAUCUCAUUCCCGUCCAUGUUUAUGGCAUGACAGAGACGUAUGGCCCUCUCACCAAAUGUUAUGUCAUGCCAGAGUGGGAUGAUCUUCCACCGCAGGAGAAAUAUGCCAAGAUGGCUCGCCAGGGCCAUGGCUUCAUCACCAGCCUUCCCAUCCGGGUGGUCAAGCAAGAUCAGCCGGGUGGAGUCCUGGUAGAUGUGGCCAAGAACGGCCAGGAGAUUGGCGAGAUUGUCUUCUUUGGAAACCUUUGUGCCAAGGAAUACUAUAAAGAUCCCGAAGCUACACGAAAGCUCUUCGAAGGAGGCGGUCUUCACUCGGGCGACUUGGCGGUGUGGCACCCGGAUGGCAGUGCUCAGAUUCUAGAUCGUGCCAAGGACAUCAUCAUCUCUGGUGGUGAGAACAUCUCCUCGGUAGCACUGGAGAGCAUGCUGGUCCAGCAUCCCGAUAUUCUCGAAGCCGGUGUGGUGUCUGUUCCAGACUCUCACUGGGGUGAGCGACCCAAGGCAUACGUCACUGUCAAGGAGGGCAAGAGCCUGGUUGGAGAGGACGUGAUCAACUGGGCCAAGCAUCAGAGCAACAUUAGCAAGUUCAUGGUGCCCAGAGAGGUCGAGGUUGUCAAGGAGCUGCCUAAGACGAGCACUGGCAAGAUUAAGAAGAAUGACCUGCGGCAAUGGGCCAAGACUGGGCGAAAGGAGUAA